AUGGCUCGCGGCACGGCGGCGACGGCGGCGGCGGCUGCCAAGGGCAAGAAGAAGGGGUCCGUCUCCUUCGUGAUCGACUGCACCAAGCCCGUGGAGGACAAGAUCAUGGAGAUCGCGUCGCUGGAGAAGUUCCUCCAGGAGCGCAUCAAGGUCGCCGGCGGCAAGGCCGGGAAUCUCGGCGACUCCGUCACCGUCACGCGCGACAAGAGCAAGGUCACCGUCACCUCCGACGGCGCCUUCUCCAAGAGCCUAAUCACAUCAUUCUUCUGCUUUCUCAGGUACCUCAAGUACUUGACAAAGAAGUACUUGAAGAAGCACAACGUGCGGGACUGGCUUCGUGUGAUCGCAGCCAACAAGGAGCGCAACGUGUACGAGCUCCGGUACUUCAACAUCGCUGAGAACGAGGGCGAGGAGGAGGAUUAG